CUAUAGGCGGUCAACCUCUAGGUGAGGUGUCAACUUGCAUCCAAUGUACUGUACAAGGAGACAAUAGAUAUAUUACGGGCAAAACUGAGAGUGCACCCGACGGAUUGACGCUGCUGCCAGCUGUGGAAUCAUAGCUCUGAAGUUACGUGGUACAAGAACUGCUCGAAUAUCAGGACAAAGCAAAGCCUCAAAGAUGAUCUCAGACGAACAACUCUACCAGCUCGCCAUCUUCCUUGGCUCUUGCGCUAUGCUCCUUAUCGUCCUCUACCACUACCUCGAAGUCAACUCCAAAGACCUCUCCGCCGCAUCCUCCUCCAUCUCGUCCUCCCACAGCCAGUCCGUACAAUCUCGCGCGUCAGCAAGUUCGCCCAAGCAUGCCGUUCCCCCUACAUCAAUUAAACAAGAUGCGCCGGGUGGAGGGUCAUCGGGGUAGGAGAGGAUGGACGGGAAAUUUGGGGGUAAACUGCGUGCCCGGAGGUGGAGUGGGCAGAUGUUGACUGGGGUUGAUUAUUUACGAACUCAUGGGAUCGUAUGGCGGGACUUGAUUUUUCCUUCUCUAAUGGAUGGGCACGCAGCCUGGCAAGGAUGGUAGUGCGGCCUUACGCAAUCUAUGCAGCACAUGUACGAAAUGGAUUAGCCUAGCAUCCAUUGUCGCGGAUAUCAUCUGUACAUGAACAAGGGCGCAAAACCCGAUUUCCCAGGUAUUACCGAGCGUUCUCUCGCGAAACCUAAGAGAUCUGAUUCGGUUUGAAAUCCAUUGGCAUUGUUAAGGGGAAUCUUGCGCAUGUCUUGCAUGUUCGAAUGUACAUCCAUGGGCCUAGUUUCCCAAACGUCCCUGCUCAGAGCUCACAUUAGGUACAAAGAAACAAAAGACGACCUGUUUCCCAUCCCCUAUAAAAAAAAAAUUAAAAAAAAUGAAAAAAAGAGCCUUUCCUGGACCUGUCGCUGGAAAUAUAACAUCUGUUGGCAAGCAUUAGAUAUGCCGAACAGGACUUGAGAGAACAAAGCAGGAAUAGUAAAAAUCCCGCAAGAGAUGCCCUUAACUUAGAUCCAUGUAUUCUAAAGACCGUCAUCAUCCUCAGCCACAAUCUCAAAAAUGCUCUCGAACGCCACGACUGUCUCCUGCCUCUUCUCAUUCAUAAAUGUACACCCGCCGCGGCCCAGCCCCGUUCCUACCCUCACUUGUUUCAUCUCUAGUGCCCGUAGCACCUCCAACGCUUUCGCCUUGUCACUCUCGUUUCCGUACAUUUUAUUAAAGGAUCGGAUUGACCUGUAUGCUGCGGGGAGGAUCAGGGUAGGCCGUAUGCCCUUCGCACUCGCCCUGGCGAUGACGGCGCGCCCGUUGCUAUCAUUUAAGCAGUCG